AUGAGUUUACAGAAUGAAUAUCUAAGGACUAUCAAGAAUACACUACUCCCUCAACAGCAACAUGAUACCACCCAGCAGUCACAAUCACUGAAUCAAACCACCGUUCCUGUGUCUCCAGCUUCAAAUACCGUAUUAUCAUCAACGUCCUCAUCUUCACCUGAAUUUAUACCGCAUCUUUAUUAUUCGCUAUACCAGAUUCGGAAAGACCCUAAUAAUGCCACAAAUCAACUAGAAACAUCCACAGGUUUUAUCAGACACCGAUUGAAGACUUGCAAAUCUUUAAUCGAAGAUAAUGCUGAUUGUAAAAAGCUUUUAGCCAAGUCGACUGAUGACUGGAACGUCUAUCUUAAGCAACAAGAAGCUGAAUUGGAAGUAAAGAAGAAAGUAUUGCAUGACCUUAGUGAAAGAAUAAAAUUAUUAACGUCCACGAGCUCCCCAAAAAAUAGUUUUAUUAAUACGUAA